AGCCUGGAUUUUGCCCCUCAUUCCUUUCCUAUUCGCAAGAAAUCAAAAAGCAUCAAUCUCCAUUACACUCAAUUCCCCCGCCGGUCCUACACGGAAAUGACCAAACUACCCCCAAUCGAAGCCUAAAAGGAGUAAAGCCAAUAAGCCAUGGUGUCCUUAUUCCCAUUCUCUCACUCCACCAGAGUAGCGCAGAUGCCACCAAAUCAUCACCGCCGACUCUGCGCAUUCCUCCUCGUCCUCGCCGCGGGCGUACAUUUUCCGGCUGAAACCGCCGCCGUGGAGCUCCCGAAGUUCCGGGAAGCGCCUGCAUUCCGGAAUGGCCGCGGGUGCCCCCGGACGGCGUGGUCCUCGCUGGACGCGCACUCCCACAACCCCUCCAUCAUCCACAUCGCCAUGACCUUGGACUCCACCUACCUCCGCGGCUCCGUCGCCGGCGUCUUCUCCGUCCUCCAGCACGCCACGUGUCCCGAGAACAUCGUCUUCCACUUCAUCUCCACGCGCCACCGCCGCGACGACCUGCGCCGCGUCAUCACCGCCACCUUCCCCUACCUCAAGUUCCGCCUCUACCACUUCGACUGCAACCUCGUCAAGGGCAAGAUCUCGUACUCGGUGCGACGCGCGCUCGACCAGCCGCUCAACUACGCGCGCAUCUACCUCGCGGAUCUCCUCCCCUCCGGCGUACGCCGCAUCAUCUACUUCGACUCGGACCUGAUCGUCGUCGACGACGUGGCGAAGCUCUGGCGCAUCAACCUCGGGCGGCGCGUGCUGGGCGCGCCGGAGUACUGCCACGCGAACUUCACCAACUACUUCACCCCGAAGUUCUGGUCAAACGCUGCGCUGGCGGCGGAGUUCUCGGGGCGGAGCGCGUGCUAUUUCAACACGGGGGUGAUGGUGAUCGAUCUGUGGAAGUGGAGGGAGGGCAAGUACACGGAGAAGCUGGAGCACUGGAUGAGCGUGCAGAAACGGCACCGUAUUUACGAGCUGGGGUCGCUGCCGCCGUUUCUGUUGGUUUUCGCGGGUGACGUGGAGGGGGUGGAGCACAGGUGGAACCAGCACGGACUCGGCGGUGACAACCUGGAAGGGCUCUGUAGGGACCUCCACCCGGGCCCGGUCAGCCUCCUCCAUUGGAGCGGUAAGGGCAAGCCCUGGCUCCGAUUGGACUCCAAAAGGCCCUGUCCCUUGGAUAGCCUCUGGGCCCCGUACGACCUCUUUCGUCACUCCUCUCUCUUCGCUGAUAGCUGAUGACGACGGCGCGUCGUGUUUCACGGAGGCUCUGCGGGCAGUUACUGGUGGGGGUAAAAAUACCCGACAAUGUGGAUCUUGUCUGGGCUGGUCAAAGGCAGACGGGAGUUACUGCCGUUGAUUGAAGCAGAAAAGGGUAAAAGAAAAAAUGGGUUUGAAAUUUUGAUGAAUGGUGAAUGGGAAAAAAAAUACCAGAGGGCGGUAAAGUAAUGUGGCUUUUUAUUUUUUUACUGCAUGUGGUUAGUGAAGAUUCGGAAUUCGAUGGGGUGCAAGACUACAAGAUUGAGGCUUUUUGGGUUUUGGUUUUAGUGAAGGUUUAUAGAUAGCGGAAUAGUGGGUGUAUGGACUAUAUGAAGGUGCGGGGUGUGGCCACUUUUCACUAUUGAUCAACUAGAUUAAUCAUUGCUUAAAGUUACAUCCCCAUCUGUGUAGUAGUCCUGUAAAUACAAUCGCUUUAAUUUUUUGUAUUUCGAUGUGGUCAAAAUUAAGAAUUCUUAACAUUAGUA